CAUUAGACUUCCAAUAAAAUCAUUACACGUAUCUUUUUAUUUAAUUCAAUUUACCCGUAAUCAAUUGUACUAACAUAGCAAGUGUUUCCCACAAAUCUGAUAAAAGGUUCGAAAGGUUAAUCAAAGAUAAAUAUUUAGUCCAGUGUUGUCCAAUAUAAUUUCAAGUGUGACCAACGAAAAGUUAACUGAGAAAGCAAUAAUUUAAAAAUGGUAUUAUUGAAUGCCUAUUUUAUGGUCUUAUUUUGUGCCUUAGCCGUGUAUUCAGAUGACCCAGAGCAAGAACAGGGUGUAAAAUACGCAAAUAAAUGUGAAGUAUGCAAAAUACUGGCUAUCGAAUUGGAAUCAAGACUGGAAGAAACAGGUAAAACUAGUGAGGUUAUUGAAACAGGAUAUUCAGUAGAUGAUGUGAAACCUAAAAAGAAAAAGGCAUAUAAAAAAUCAGAGCUUAGGCUUGUAGAAUCAUUGGAAGGUGUUUGUGAUAGAAUUUUAGAGUAUAAUAUACAUAAAGAAAGGGAAGAUAGUACAAGAUUUGCAAAAGGCCAAAGCCAAACUUUUCAAACAUUACAUGGGUUGGUGGAUAAAGGUGUUAAAGUUGAACUUGGUAUACCAUAUGAGCUAUGGGAUAAGCCUAGUGCUGAAAUUACAAAGCUUAAAACUCAGUGUGAAACUUUAUUAGAAGAAAAUGAAGCUGAUAUAGAAGAUUGGUAUUUCAACCAUCAAGGAAAAUUGACAUUGAAAAAAUACCUUUGUGAAGAUAGGGCACUGAAAAAUCAGGAAUCCAAAUGCUUAUAUGAACAAUUAAAAGGCGAAACUGGAGAAAGGAAGAAUCCAAAGAAGAAGAAGCAAGAGUUGUAGUUAGUUUUUUAUCUUUUUUUAAUAAAAAUAUGUACA